CUCAUGCAGCAUCCUUCCCUCACCUCUUCUACCUUCACACUCACCUCCUCGAGCCUCCGUCUGCCUGCCGCCCUCCUCUCCAUCACCUACUAACACACAUCAUUUCUCGCCUCUUCCUCGAGUCUCGUCUCUGCCUCCUCCUACUCCUCCUCCUCCUCCUCCAUCUCCCGCCGGUUUUCCCUCCUUCUCAUAACACUCUGCACCCACUAUUCACACACUCAUGCUCAUUGGCACCCAAGGACAGAACAGCUUCUCGUCUGAACCGGCGAUGGUUUGAUCCUUUUGGCUAGACUUCUUGACACUGAGCUCAGCUGAGGAAGAGGACAAGGACGGAAAGAAGGCAUGGAGCACAGCCACAUCUUCCCUGUGUCCCACCACAAUAGAAGCACCGGGGGAUGCCCUCUCGGACCCCUGCCUGUUAUCUACUACAGCGUCCUGCUCUGUCUCGGCCUGCCUGCUAACAUCCUGACUGUGGUUAUCCUGUCCCAGCUGGUGCUGCGUCGUCAGAAGUCCUCCUACAACUAUCUCCUGGCUCUGGCUGCUGCUGACAUCCUUGUUCUGCUCCUCAUUGUGUUUGUUGACUUCAUCCUGGAGGAUUUCAUCUUGGCUUCCUUCCUCCCUCCAUCCAUAAACAACGCAGUGCAGGUUCUGGAGUUCUCCUCAAUCCACACCUCCAUCUGGAUAACAGUGCCUCUCACCAUCGACCGCUAUAUCGCUGUUUGCCACCCACUUCGCUACCACACAGUGUCCUACCCCGCUCGAACACGCAAGGUGAUAUUUGCUGUGUACGUCGGCUGUUUGCUAUCCGCGGCACCCUAUUACUGGUGGCCUGAGUUCUGGCACAGUCUACCUGGGGUGGGCAAAAGCGAUGAAGGAGGAGGAGGUGGAGGAGAAAGCAGCAGAAGAACAGUGGCCGAGCAUGUCCUGGUUUGGGCUCACUGCGCCACCGUCUACCUCCUUCCCUGCACCGUCUUCUUCUCGCUCAAUACCGGCAUCGUGCGGAAGCUGCGAAAGCGCCGCAACUGCUUCAGGUUGCGGGGCUAUUCCACCGGCAAGACCACCGCUAUUCUCCUCGCCAUCACCUCUGUUUUUGCCAUUCUGUGGGCUCCGCGCACCUUAUUGAUCCUCUACCACUUCUACUCUCCACCACCCACCUCACAAAGCGCCGGCCGCCUGCUCCACGUGCUCACCGACGUGGCAAACAUGCUUGCGUUGCUCAACACUGGCGUCAACUUCUUCCUGUACUGCUUCAUCAGCAAGCGUUUCCGGGCCAUGGCGACCAACAUGCUCCGAGCCCUCAUCCACUGCCGGAAGCAGCCGAAGCCAUUUUACGCCAGUCACAACUUCUCCAUCACAAGCAGCCCUUGGAUUUCACCAGCCAACUCUCACUGCAUCAAGAUGUUGGUGUACCAGUAUGACAAAAAUGGAAAGCCCAUCUGCAUCUCCUCUUGAGUCCACACUACCAGCAGUGGUCCCUCAAAUCCUUCAGGCAAACUUUGGCCACAUGGGACUCAUUGAGGUCACACAAGUUUACCCUGUUAGCGAUAAUAAAAUAGAUGGCUUGAAAGGUGCAACAACGCACAUCAGAUGCAUGGUGCAAAAUGUCAAAGCCUCUUGUGAUCAACAAGGUUAUCAUAAAGCAGCAAACAGCAUCGGUUAGAUGCUGUUUGGUCCCUUCAUGCAAAAAAACACAUCUGCUGAGGAGUAAAGUUUAGGACAGAUGAAAGCAUAUCACCACCACCUACCAGUGAAAAUGAGCCGCCAUUUGCAAAACAUAAAAUAACAAAACAAGAUGAUGAGUCCUUGGUGAAUCAUCAAAUAUGUUUUGGUCAUGGAUGUUCAUGGCAGAAAAUGAGGAAGAGCUUUUUACACAUGAGUCUUUUAUCUGUUGGGGAGAUUGUUGCCGGUCUGACCCCUGCACAUCUCACCUGUAGGGGUGAUUCACUCAGGCAGAACCACGGACAGACUGCCCACUGCCCACGGUCGUGACUGUCUCUCUCUAGAAAUGUAAAACAGCUUGUCAUUUCCAUUUUAAUAUGCAGAGGAGUCUCAAAUGCAUUUUAAAUAGGGCUUUUACGAAAUGAAGAACACAUUCUGACUCUUCUCCUGACUGGGCUGUGCUCAUAGUUCACCUAUAUUUCAACGCUCACAUCAGAACUCAACCCUCACCGUCAUUGGACGAAGGAGUUUUCAUUCUUCUGUUUGUUGGUGAAAUAUUUACUCAUGGUAGAGAUGACUGUUACUGUAGCUUUGCAAAAACACAAGAAAAGAAAUAUGACUUGGUGUCAGUGUAGCACUGAGGUAUUAUUAAACUAGUUAUCACCUUUUCCAUUAUUAGAAUGAGGAAAUUUCUGCAACUAGGAGAUAGUCCUCUAUUAACUAUUAAUGGUCCCUGAUGACUUACUGUUAGCCAUCAUCCAGUUGCAUAUAAUGAAAGCAAAUGAAGAUGUCUUUAACCCUUUAUCUUUCCAGGAGACCAAGACAGAGAGAGGUAGAGAGGACUAGAUAUUUUGCUCUCCCUUCCUGUUGGUUUGUUUUUCCCAUCUAAAGCUUUCUGUCCCAUUAUGCCACACUGAAUUUGGUUUCAGGGCCAAAGCGACACAUUACAGGUCUCGUCAUUCUGCUGCUUUCUCUACACAUUUUGCAGCAAACCACAGUCACAUUAACUUCAUGCCAUUGUUGGUCUGUUGAAAGAACACAUUUAAAUAAAGACAUUCCCAUCUUUUUUUGCUGUGUGGCCCAACGACAGCACACUGAGAUCAGUGCACGUUCAUCCUUUAACCCUCCAUUGCACAUUAUUAGGGAUCUUCUAUUUAAUGGAGCUUUGCUGAAAGGCAGAGUUCUACUAAAACAUGUCUAGAGGGAUCAGACAUAUUAAGCUUUUCAGCCUGUAGCAGAUUUGAGCGUAUUUAGGAGACAAAAAAACUCCUAUUUAGUGCUUCAAUGUCUGAGACACUUUUUGUUUGUCCUCUUUAAACAAGACCUUCUAAAGGGUUCCUACAUAUUUCUCAUGCAUAUUUUGCAAGAAUUAAUUUUUCAGUCAUAGGUAUAGAUACAAGAGUUCUCUAAAAAUGGAAGAUACAGCAACGGACGGACGGACGGACGGAUGGAGGGAUGGACGG